CAACAAUUAUAUUUAGUGAACCACUGUGUAGCAUAAAGCCAAAUUUUCCAGCUGCCCCUUUACAAAUGAAAUAUACUUAACCCAGCAAUUUAAUGGCUCUUUCAACGCAUUUGAGUCAGGUUAACAACCGUCUAGGGCUCAUAUUCAUGGCAGCGUUCUUCUGUCUUAUGAUAACAACAGUAGUCUUUUACAGAUUCUAUGCCAGGAAACUGGUUAAGCUUGGUUAUGGCAUUGAUGACUGGUUAGCACUUGUGGCAUUGGUCUUUGUGCUUACACUUAAUGGAAUAUUUAUUGGUGGCACAGCCCAAGGUGCAAUCACCGGUCACUCUCCCAUUGAAAAUAACUGGCCCGUAACUACAGAUCUCGAACACACAGCACAAAAAUACAAGUAUGCCUUUCAGAUAACAGAAAAACUCACAUUUGGGUUGAUUAAGUUGUCAAUUCUGUUCCUCUGGAAACGCAUAUUUGGUCCAACUAAGUACUUCACCACACUUUGCUGGCUUAUGAUUGGCAUUAUCAGCGCGUGGUCCUUAUCGUUUUUUCUCGCAACCGUCUUCCAAUGUGGUACCCGAUGGACGUGGAACUGGGCGCCUAUAGGCAUUUUCCUAACCCAAUGCACCCACACUUUAAAUCUACUUACAACUUUUACCGGGACAGACGUGUUAACCGAUUUUAUUAUCAUGUUCAUGCCUGUCCCCCUUAUUUGGAGGCUUCAUAUGCCGAUCAGGAAUAAGAUUGGCGUAACGAGUAUAUUCAUGAUUGGUCUAUUUACAAUCGCUGCUGGUAUAGCUCGGAUGUAUAUCUACCUUGUAACUUCUUAUGAUAAAGAAGAUAAUCCGGACUUCAUCGCGGAUUUCACUUUAUUCAUUCUAUGGUCAGAGAUCGAAGCCAAUGUUGCCAUGGUCGUAUGUUGUAUGCCGACAUUAGCCCCUGUUCUAGCAAAAUGCAACAAUUGCGUUACUUUUCUCUUAAAAAAGGGCCGUCCUGAUAAAUUGACCAUCCCAUCUUCUGACCUCUGAUAGAAAGGUCAAUAUAGAGCAGUCUGCCGCUUUGGAAAGAAUGUCUCCACCAUCGAAGAUAUUCUAGCACGACGGAAUAGUGCCUUGGGGAGAUGUUCGUGGGGUAAUCACAGAAGCUGCUUGUGAUGAUGUUGGAAGUCAAUCUGAGCAUAACAACAUAAUAAAGGGAUUACCACACGCGUUGAGAGUCAUAGAAAAUUUGAACACGGGGUACUCAAGUCAUAAAUGAGGAGGGGAGGGUAAUUUGAUUUCUCCAUUCCAGUACCGGGUUAAGGUAUCAUAAAAUUAGAUCGGAGUCACAUCCUAUACAGGAUCAUUAUUUCUAACGAACUUAGUAAAUGUGAAGUCUACAUAGUAUCAAAUACCUUAGGUACCUAUAUGACUAUAUUGUUAAAGGACUAACGGAAACCAGAAAAUACAUUCAUUUAUCAGGUAUUCGGGUGUCUCGGAAGCGUUGGCAGUAAGGCUAUGAUAAAACAGCAGGUUACUGGACGGCACAGCUACAACACCUACAUAUGUGGCGACACACCAACCCAGUUGGAAUUACUAUAUG